CGCAUUGACUCUCCGUAAGGUCAGAUUUGAAAGCUGAUGCUUGUGAUGGAAAUGGUGAUGAAUUUGAAAUGUUAGUUUUGAUGUUUAAGUUAGAUUGGACUCUCAUAUAUCUAUAGGUUAUUUGAAUAUGUACCCCAUCGUUUCCUGGUUUCCUACAUUGUGCUCAGUUAAUACGUUGUAUAGUUACAAUCGCAUUUUCCUUUUCUAGGAUCACAAUUGCAUUUGAGAAAUAUGAUAAGGUUGAAAACUGUAAGAGAAAUAUUGAUACUCCAGGGUUAUAAUCCUUCUUGAAAGCUUGAUGUGAGUUUUUCUGUUGCAUUUACCUUGUCAUGAAACCCACAACAUUAUCUGUUGCAUUUAAGAAAAAUGUUGUAGGAUUAGUUUCUAAUGUUAUAUUUUUAUGGUUGAAUAAGUGUAUAGAUGUCGCAGUUGAUCACUCGUCGUCGGAGUGUGACCAAUGCACCUCCUGCAUUAUCAGCAUCUACGGCUCCAGCCGUGAGUGCUCCAUUAAUUAGCGAGCCUACACCCUUUGCUGAGGCCACUCCUACGGCGUCCCAGGUGCCCGUAUCAUCGACGUCAUCAGUGUCAGUUGAGCAGCUCAGUGCACGGCGGCCUCAUCGGCGGCGCCGUGAGCCGGAACCUUCUGAUCACACUUCUUCGGAAUCCAGAGUCGAGUGUGAGGCCUCUCAUCCAGCUAAAAAAAACACCAGAGGGCCUAGUCGAAUGCUGAAGCAGUCACAGAGCGCACGACAGGCCGCCUCCAAGAUCAAGAUUGCGUAUGACGCGCAACAUCGUGGAGCAGCUACCUCACAGCAACAUAGCUUCAUUGCUAGUAGCUGUGGUGUUGUUAUUCGAGACAAUUGUCCUUUUCAGUGGGAGUCUUGGGCAGAAAUUCCCGAGGAGACGAAGAGAAUGGUGCGACACGAGUUGUCGGUCAUUUAUGAUCUUGAGGACAUAUCCCUUGAGGUCAUGAACUACUUAGAGGAGACCUUAGCAAACCGGUACAAAAAUUGGAAGAGCACUUUUCACACGUUUUUUAAGCGAUGGGAUGAUCCAGAGAUUGCUCGCCUACAUGUUCCAAGCAAGUUAAAGGACCGGCCAGAUGAUUGGGAGUGGCUCUGCAAACAUUUUACGGACCCAAAAUUUGUGAAGAAAUCUGUUGCUGGCCAAAAAGCUCGUGAGUCAAAGACACUUCUCCACCAUUCCGGUUCGAAGCCCUUUUCGUAUAGGCUUCAGACACGACGUCAGGAGGGUUCUAAGUUCCCAGCAAUCGACAUGUUCAAGGACGUUUACGUUCGACCUGGUCAGGAGAUUACUGAGCAGUUUCAUGCUACUAUGGUGGAAAAGAGCACUUCUGUUCUCCAAGAAGCAACAUCGCAGCUUCCCCCGGAGACCCCGAUCGAGGACGUCACAAUACCUGAGGAUGUAGGUUUUCAGAUCAUGACUGAUGUCCUGGAUCAGAACUUAGGUCGUCGUCGUGGCAAGGUUGUUUGGUGUAUGGGGAAAGCACAGAUUCGUGAAACGGGUGCCUCUUCUUCCAGAUCAAACGCAGAGGUAGAUGCAUUGAAGGAGGAAGUGACAACCCUAAAGGCCCAGGCGAGCAGAUGA